UGUAGAAUAUAUAAAGAGAAAGACAAAUCUGAUCGUCAUAACAAUAGUAAGAAGGAAUAGAAUACACGACGAAAUUGUGCGCUUUCAAAGGCAAAAAUGAAAGCAACGUUCGUGGCAAUAUUUGCCACACUUUUGGUGACGUUUGCUUCUGCCAUCCCACCACAAUGUCCAAAUAGGGACGGAGAGGAUAUUGCCUUGUUUCCGAAUCCAGAUGACUGCUCCACCUACUAUUUCUGCAAUGCAGGCGUACCGCAGUUAAUGGAAUGUAGUGAAGGACUGGAAUAUAAUUCGGAUUUAAGAGUAUGCGAUUGGCCAAAAGAGCAUGCAGAAUGUAAACGUCAGCAUUCAAGACCACCACAUUCUUCAACAGCCCGUUCUACGGUGACAUCUCGCUCUCCACAACCAACUGAAUUUGUUGAAGACAGUGCUACUGCAUCACCCCGUCCGCCACGACCAAGUAGUUCUGAACCAUCUCCACUCAACCCUUCACAAACUCCUACUGAUGAACCAUCCCGUCCUCCAAGACCAUCUCACCCUACUAGACCACCCCCUCCUUCAAGACCAACUGACUCUACUGAUGGACCAUCCCGUCCUCCAAGACCACCUCACCCUACUAGACCACCCCCUCCUUCAAGACCAACUGACUCUACUGAUGGACCAUCCCGUCCUCCAAGACCACCUCACCCUACUAGACCAUCCCCUCCUUCAAGACCAACUGACUCUACUGAUGGACCAUCCCGUCCUCCAAGACCACCUCACCCUACUAGACCACACCACCCUUCAAGACCAACUGACUCUACUGAUGGACCAUCCCGUCCUCCAAGACCACCUCACCCUACUAGACCACACCACUCUUCAAGACCACCUCACCCUACUAGACCAUCCCAUCCUUCAAGACCAACUCCAUCUGUCAGUCCAAGGCCAUCUCGUCGACCGAAUCCUGAUUUCCCUCCACAUCGCCCACACCAUAAACCACACGACCGACCCCUUCCACCACACCGCCCACCUGGUCCACCACACCACCCACCCGGUCCACCACACCGCCCACCAGGUCCACCACACCACCCACCCGGUCCACCACACCACCCACCCGGUCCACCACAUCACCCACCCGGCCCACCACACCACCCACCCGGUCCACCACACCACCCACCCGGUCCACCACAUCACCCACCCGGCCCACCACACCACCCACCCGGUCCACCACACCACCCACCCGGUCCACCACACCACCCACCCGGUCCACCUCACCACCCACCCGGUCCACCACACCACCCACCCGGUCCACCACACCACCCUCCCGGUCCACCACACCACCCACCCGGUCCACCACACCACCCUCCCGGUCCACCUCACCGCCCUCCCGGUCCACCUCACCGCCCACCCGGUCCACCACACCACCCACCCAGUUCACCGCACCACCCACCCGGUCCACCACACCGGCCGGGCCUUCCCCCAAUACCACACUAUCCCCCCUAUCCUCAUUCCCCUUUUGAUGGGCCCAUAUUUCCAAGAUACGAAGAAUAACCAAUCUUAUGAUUAAAAGAAGUUGUUCAAUGUCACUGAAAUUCUUAGUGUGUUUGACAAAAAUUAUGUAUUCAAAAUAUAUUCAAUAUAGUUGAACUGCAAUAAAUAUUUCUGAAUUUA